AUUGUUAACAGUGCUUCAUUUCCAUUUUGUGCCUUAAAUCACUUAUUUCUAAUACAAGAUGAUGUCAAAAACGCAGUGGUUUGUUCUCCUUUGUCUGUUCAUUCUGUAUUUGCUCUUAGGAGCAUCUAUCUUUUACUACGUCGAAUCUCAAGAAGAACUUAUAAAAUUUAAGUCUGAAGUUAGGGAAAGGCGAAGAAUUGAAGAAUUACUAUGGAAUAACUACCACGGUAACAACAAAAGUAUAGAGAUUUUAUUUAAAAGACUGACUAAAUAUUGCGGUAAGCCUGUACACUAUCAUAUGAGUGAUGAACUUCCUGCCAGUAAAUGGAACUACUACAAUUCCAUAUUUUUUGUAAUAACAGUGGUUAGUACUAUCGGAUAUGGUAAUCUUUCACCAACCACCAUGUUCACCAGAAUAUUUAUGAUAAUUUAUGGUCUAAUUGGAAUUCCAAUGAAUGGUAUAGUCAUGGUUACGCUGGGCGACUUUUUUGGAAAAUCAUUCACAAAAUUGUACGACAGAUGGAAGAAGGUACGCCUGGAAAAGAAUACGGCCAAAUUGGGCCUUAUAGGUCAAAUCAUUCUAUACGCCGUCCCAGGUUUAACUUUCUUCAUUUUUCUGCCAGCCACGAUAAUGAGUUUUUUUGAAAAUUGGAACUACGACGUAUCUGUCUAUUAUGCUUUUGUUACAUUAACCACAAUUGGAUUUGGAGAUUUUGUUGCAGGAACUGAAAAUUUUCAUGCGUUCAGCCCAGGCGUCUUUUUGUUUUACCACUUGUUCCUACUAGUAUGGGUAAUAGGAGGCUUAGGAUACGUAAUUAUGAUUAUAGGAUUUAUUACCAAAGGUAUGCAGAGUCGGCAUAUUCAAAAACUAGAAAGAAUUCUGGCACAUACAGUUAAAAGUACUCCUCAGAAGAUACGAAAUGAAUUUCGAAGUAUGUUACACGAGCUUUUAUUUAUGAGAGUUAAACCAGUUUAUAAAGGUGAAUUUGAAUACACUCCGCACUAUUUGGAGAGAAGUCAAAGUUGUCCAGACUUUACUAUUUGGAUAAAUAAAAAUUCUCCUACCACAGCUAGAAAACGAGCAAUGUCAGAAUGUUAUAGAUACAACGUUUUGGAAAGAGUACAAUCCGAAUCAGAGUUAGACAAGAUAGACAAAGAACGAACUUUCAGGCCUUCGGAUGCGCUUAUGAAACAAAAAGAUCUUCUUCUUAAAGUUGUAGAUGCUUUAAGCUUGGCAUCCGCUAGAGAUGGUGUAUGUUCAGGUUUUUCUGAAGACGAAAAUAUAAAUAAUGCAAGAUACGAUCCACCGCCACCCAUGAUGCCUAGUCACAGAAGAAGGGCUGUAAGCGACGUCAAACCUCCUCCAAAAUAUUUAACAGAGCAAUCUGUCAAUACAUGGUAUGGUAACGAUGCGACUACAGCUCUUAAGGUAUUUAAACAAAAAAGAGCUAUGUCAGUUGCUCCAAUUCCCGAUUCCAAAAACUCCUUUAUUCAACGGUUCCAAAAAUCAGUUGCUAAUCGAUUUAGAAGAUCAGAUACUAGAGAAAACGAUAUUGAAAAACAAAAUUUGGAUGAAUCUAUUAAUAGAAUACGUAGCCCUAGUAUUAUUCCUUCUAAUACUGAAUCCCAAAGAAGCAGCAUUCCGCAGCAAAAUGUUUUAGAAGAAACGUCAAUUGCUGAAUUUAUUAGAGCGCUUUCCGCAGUAACAGAAAGUAAAUUCAAAGAACCACCAAGAAGAAAAAUAGGAUUAGCUAGUUUAACUCCUCCAAAAUAUUCACCUACUAAUAUAUCAGCACCUUCAUUCUCAAGCAGGCGGACGUCUUUAGUACCUCAAACCAGAAUUCGUCCAAAGCCGCGCAGAUUUUCGAUGACACCAGUAGCUGAAAAUAUACUGAGCUCUCCUCCACCAUACAGUCCUUGUGCUUCAGCAAGAAAUUCGCUAACCUUGCAGGAAACACCAGAAGUAAGGAGGUUUUCUCCGCGAAAAGCUUCAACUAGUCACUCAAGUCCAGUGCGAGCACAAGCAUUAAAGAGUAAAAAAUUUGAAACUGAAAAAGAUAGUAAAGACUGAAGAAUACUUGUUAUAUAUGGGUCCUGUUAUAUAUAGAGAUCAGUAGACUGUUGUUGGCUACAGGUGUUAGUGAUUCCCAAAACAAACUUUCGUGGUACAAUUAGUAAAAUUGUCAUACUCAAUUUGAACAUCAGUUUAAUGAUUUUAAAACUGCAAAAAUAAGGUAUUAAGGAAAAGAAGGCAGUAAAACAAAUACUAGUUAAAAUACUCAACACCGAGUUUUUAUCGGUUAUUUUUAGAUAUAUGCUCUUUGAUAUAAUUUUAUUAUAACUAGUAAUAAUGGAAUAUAAAUAAUCCCACAAAACGGUAAGAAUACAUAUGAGUAAAGUGUUUGGACUGAUAAUGAAAACAACCAGUUUUUAAAUACCUAAAUUUUCUGAUCUUAUAUCAAUAUGUUUUAUCCAACGAUCUUCCAAUUCUAUGAUUUUUUCGGCUUCUAUAUAUUAGCAUAUUCAUCAACGUAAAGGGAAAAAUCACUCGAAAAGUGUUGACAUCUCUGGGCGAGACUAAGAACGUAUCAUCCUUCUUUUAUGUUAUAUUUCUUUCUUUGUAAACUGAUUACGUCAGUAAUGAUAUCUUCUUCGCGUGUUACAUCAGAAUUAUCCUACGUUAGCGAUCACCAUUGCGAAGGCUUUUCGAUCUUCUGCAAUAUGGAAUAAUUGUCCUGCAUUUGAUAUCUGAGUCUAUUCACGAAUGUUUUUUAACCAAAGAACAUGUUUUCUUCCUACACCUCUUCGGCCCUCAAUUUUGCCCUUAAGGAUCAGUUGUAAUAUUUUGUAUCGACGUCCCCUUACUAUAUGUCCCAGAUAAGACAUUUUUCGAUGCUUAAUAUUGUUUAGCAGUUCUCUAUCUUUGUUGACGCUCCUUAGUAUUUCUUCAUUCGUUUUCCUUGCUGUCCAAGGUAGCUUCAGCAUUCGUCUAUGAACCCACAUUUCCAAUGCUUCAAUUUUGUUCAUGAUCGAUACUUUUAGCGACCACAUUUCUGUACUAUACAAAAGUACAGACCAAACAUAGUACUUAACCAUUCUUUGUCUUAGUUCUAAACUGAAAUGGUUAUUGCAAAGAAAUCACUUUAUUUUCAUAAAAGUAGUUUUAAUUAUUGCUAUUCUACGUUUUAUUUCUAUGUCUGGAUUUAGUUGGUCUGUUAUCACAGUUCCCAAAUAUGUCAUUUUGUGAACUUUCUCAACUUGGACUCCGUUUAAUUGAAGCUUUGCAUCGGGAUGUGGCUCACAACUAAACACUAAAAAUUUGGUUUUGAUUGGGUUUAUUUUAAUGCCCAUUUCCUCUCCUACCUCGUGAAUACGAUAAGGCAGAAUUUGAAGAACUUCAUUAUUAUCUGAUAGAAUUACUGUAUCGUCUGCAUAUCUAAUCAGAUUAAGUUAUGCCCCGUUGAUUUUUAUUCCAUAUGGGUGUCCCUCAAGUGCCUUUUAAAUAAAUGGUCCGAGUAAACAUUGAACAAUGUUGGCGACAAAAUGCAACCUUGUCCGACUCCUCGUUAUAUAGAGAUUUCAUCGGUAUAGAUAUCUUCUUGUUAUCUAUUUCGAUGUUUUUUAGUAUUGGCAUUAAUUUUGCAUGCUGUACUUUAUCGAAUGAUUUCCCGAAGUCCAUGAAACAUGCAAAUGCAUCUUUUCUUUGCUCACGGCAGUUUUGUAAUAGGAUGUUAAGCGCAAAAAGUGCCUCCCUGGUUCUCAUAGCAUUUCUAAAACCAAAUAGGGUAGUUAAGAAUGUGUCAUUAGGCUAAUUAAUCGAUAUUCUGAGCAUUUUCUCGCAUUGUGUCUAUUAAGUAUUGCGACAAAUAUGGUUGGUGUAUCACCUGGGCCACAAGCUUAUCUAAUCUGACUUCUGUUUUUUAUUUUAUUGUUAAAUUCUUUUUUAAUGUUAUCAUUUAUGUUUAUAUCAUAUAUGUCAAAGAUAAGUACAUUGGUUAUUGGUUUUUGUUGCUGAAUUCUUUUUAACCUUAGUUUAAUGUCCUCUACAAGUAGUUGAUGAUCAGAUCCAAUAUCUGCUCCAGAUAUAGUGACUCUUUUGACGGCAUUUCGGAAACGUUCAUUUACCAGUAUAUAGUCUAUUAGAUUUCUUAAAGACUCAGGGUUAUUGCCAUCAUCAAAUGGGGCUUUCCAAGUGUAUAGUCGUCGCUUGGGUAGUUUAUACCAGGUGUUUGCAAUGAUCAUAUCAUUUUGUUUCAGUAAUGGUAAAACAUAAUAUUUUAGUUACUUACUUCUCUUCUUAAGAUUACUAGUUGAUCCAUAUUUGAAAAAAAAACUAAAACCCAAUAAAAGACAAAAAUACAUGAUAAUGUAUUUGAAAUCUACUAAAAAUUUUUGUUUAGCAACAAGUUAUCAGGUAACUAUAAGAGUUUUAUCAUCCACUUUAUUUUUAUUUACCACUUUAGCAAAAUAUUUGAAACGUUCAAUAUUAGCAAAUGCUGAUAUAUUCAAAAUAACACUUAUGCGAUCUGUAGCUGAUGGAUAUUAUCAUAUAAUAAUAUAUACCUAUUUUGUAAUGAUUUCUAAAAUUUGUACAUUUUCGUUUGGGUCAGUAUGAAACAAGUUAAAGAUAACGUUUAGUAAAAAAAUUAGAUUAAUUUUCUAAAUUCUGAAUUGAUUUUAACAGAGAAUUCAUACCGUAUGACAAUAUAUCUAUGACGGAAGUCUUGUAUCCCGCAGAAAUCAAUGGAAUUAAUACCGAGCCGCAAGGUCCGAUCUCCUGUAGUACUGCUCAUACUGCGUAUUCUGGUUUCAGUCGCAAAUUGAUUUUAUUUUCAUUUCAUUCAUUUAGAUUUUAUAAUAUCACGUUCAACUUUUUUUCUGGUCGGUAUUUGAACCAUCAAUUUACUAAAUCCCUCAGAGCAAAGUAAGUGUCCUUAUUAUAUAUUAAAAUUAGAUACAGUUAUCUUCUUCUUCUUCACGUGCCAUCUCCGCGAUGGAGGUUGGCAAUCAUCAUGGCUAUUCUGAUCUUAGAUGCUGCUGCUCUGAAUAGUUCAAUUGAUGUGCAUCCGUACCAUUCCCUCAAGUUACGCAACCAUGAGAUUCUUCUUCUUCCUACACUUCUCUUGUCCUGGAUUUUUUCUUGUAUAAUUAAUUGAAGUAGGUUGUAUCUCUCAUUACGCAUAACAUGCCCCAUAUAUUGCAGCUUUCGUGUCUUGAUAGUUUUCAAUACUUCCAUUCUUUUGUUGAUUCUUAUCAUGACUUCGUUGUUUGUUAUAUCCUAGGUCCAUAAUAUCUUCAGGAUUCUUCUAUACACCCACAUUUCAAAUGCUUCCAACUUUUUAGCAGUCGACGCGUUAAGUGUCCAUGCUUUCAUCCCAUAAAGCAGAGUCGAGAAAAUAUAACACCUUACCAGCCCACUCUCACGUCCAAUUUUAGUUCUCUACACUUCAAAUAUAUAGCAUACCAACAGAGGCUCUAAAAGCAAAGGGCGAGAUUGGCGUAGAUGUAUUACUGGAUAUGUUCAAUUUGAUGUGGAUCACAGGUGAAUAGCCUGAUGAGUAAUGCGAAUCACCCUUUAUCCCUAUUAAUAAAAAAGGAUCGCUAACCGUAUGCAGCAAUUACAGAACCAUUCUACCUCCCUUUCCAUCAACACCUCACACAUCACGAUCCGUUCGUUUUCGCAUUGUCUUUACGUUUGCUUUUUAUCUUAACAUAAUCACCUCCCCUACCUAUCGAUAUGUCGCACAUUAUUAUACGUUGAGUCGUUUGGACGUUACAAGCGUAGUGUCCUUUUGGCAUUGUAUUUUGCGUUUCUUUUUUUAUGUUAACGUAUUCACUACCCUCUUACCAUUCCAACGAGCCCUCGUACGUCAUGAUCUGACCAAUAUCAAUGAAGAUAUGACGAAAUGCCGUUUUGGCACAGUUUUUGCGUUUGAUUUUUACUAAAAUGACUAGCGCCGCGUAGCGGAUAAUAGUCAAACUAUGGCGUCAUCGGUUUCGAUCCUGACUAAUUGGUUCAUGCUAGGCCGGUAAUGCAGAUCCAAUGCUUACCGACAUUGGCGCCAGUGACGUCACACUGUCUGUCUCAAGCGACCCAUUCCCUACUGAUUCUGCUGUGGAUUUCUGAGGUGGUUUUCAAAAUCCUGCGACAUAAAUCAAUGAAAGGCUAAAGAAUUUUCUACUUUCACUGAAUACUAUCACCAUUAUUAUACAACAUAUAUUUUAAAUAUAGAAUGAAGAAAGUAAUAGACGAAUGUAAUGGAGGAAUUACUAUAGGAGGCAGAUAAAUCAGUAACCUGCGAUACACUUACACUAACAGUAAAUGAAACCGAAAUAAAUUAUUACCGUCACCGAACACUUAAGCUGCAUAAGCAAAGGUUUUGGAGUUGAGAUCAAGAAUUAAAAAACCAAAAUAAUAAUCUACAGCAUGUACACCAAGUGAAAAAUUUCGAAGUGGUAGACAGAUUUGCAUACUAGCAUAUUAGAUUAUAUAAAUAUAAAUUUAUAUCAAAGAGUAUUUUACAUUCAUUUUUUCGUAAAAAUUUAGACGGGUUAAAUCAAAGAAAUCGUUUUAUCUACUUAUGAAACUUGAUCGUGGCCUUUAUCAAGUGCCUUUCUAAUGACUGAAAAAAUACACCAGUAAUUUUGAGGUACAAUUCUAGGUUAAUAUACAGCAAAAGUAGUAUUUAGGGUAACAUUCUAUUAAACUGGUAAUUAUUUGUAUUCCACAACUUAUUUGAGAAUUAUAAAGUUCCGGUCAAAUCAAACUAGCAACACUUUUUUAUAUAUCAUGCGAAAUUCUUUCCGACAACUAUAGUGAACUUUAAAAGGAAAUCUUUUACUUUUAAUCUUUUAAAUAUAUAUAAUUAUAACUGAGUGACAUAUCCAAAGCAUAAACAUCUCGUAGAAUAAGCUAUAUCCCUGGACUCUGAGCUGCUGAUCAAGAUUAAGCCUCAAUCAGUAUUCGACAUAUCGUUAUAGAAAAGUGUUUUUCUUUUUUCGUUAGAUAAACAUUAGAAUAUUUUUUGAGUAACAUGCAAUUACUUAAAAACGUAUUUUGGGCUUUGGAUUCAUUGUCAAUUGGUAAUGAUAUGUGUCAAAGAAGUUUUGAGAAAAAAUUUACCCUAAUAUAUGAGAUAAAAUACCUAAAUUUAUUAAAACGAUAUUUAUAUCUACAUUUUGUAUAAGUACAAAAGAUAUUUAGAUAAAGGCUUAUUGUAUUCUGUGUCUUUAAUGUCUGAGUCCUCUGAAAAAUCUGUCACCUCAAUCGUUGCUAAUAAUUGGCUCAAGCGUUCUCAAGUUUAUAGUUACUAGGAAAUAUGAAAAUUAUGGUUACUAUUAUACUGGUAGAUUUUUUCUCAAAACUUUGGUGGCAUAUGCCACUUUAUUUGUAUUUCGUAUGUAAAAGGUAACACUUGUUUUUGAUUUUUGUCAUUGUUUUUGAAUACAAUUUAUGUCAGUAUUAGUAACUUUACGAAAAUAAUUGUCUCAAUAUCUUUGUUAAUAUUAUUAAAAGACAUAAAUACAACAUAAGCAAUGUUAUAGAUAUAGAAUGUUAAGAAUAUUACCCUGUUAAUUAUAAUACGAUUGUGAUAUAUUGUUAAAAUAUCAGUAUUGUAAAUAAAUAAUUUUUUUAUUUUAU